AUGACUUAUUUCAGAGCCGACGAUGCCACGGGUACCGUUGUCUCUGCAAUCGCUGGUGCUAUCGAGGCCGUUGUCUCUGCGGUGGCCAGCAUCAUCAUGAUCAUUGUCGGCGUCAUUGUGACGAUCAUUGUCACCAUCUUCGAUAUCAUAUUCGAUAUCAUCUGCUGCAACUGGUUUGGUGGCCGCACAAGACGUACCGGCACGCACAGAUACAAUUUCGGUCGCUCGGGAGGAGUAGGGUCGUCACUUUAG